CGACAACGGUUUGACCUCCCCGAUUGUGGUCUCGUUUUUCAGAUUGUCGUUAUCUUUCGCUUAUUAUUUCUCUGGUCUUCACCCUUUCCCAGUAAAUAGUACUUCUUAGCUAAAAACAAAAUCCUACCAAAAGUUGAAAACUACAUCAAUGAUGGACCCAAGCGCUCCUGUUGUACCCCAAGAAAUAAGCACUGAUCAACCUGUUUUAUCAGAUGAGGAAAAUGCAAGGCUACAAGUUGAGUUGUCUCAGGUUGAAGAAGAAAUUCGUCUCCUUCAAGAAACUCUUGUUGUUAAGCAGCGCCGAUCUAACGAGAUAAAAAAGGCUCUUGGUUUUACCACACUUUCUACAUUGCAGUAUGACCUCAUGGAAGGUAUUCAUAAAUUGGAAGAUACAGAAGCAUAUAUCAAAACAAGCGAACUUUUAAGUAAAGCUAAAGAUAAGACCGUCAAUGUAGCCCAAGAUGCUAAAGAAAAAGUCGGAUCAACAAUUUCUGCUAUUCGGAAUUCAGAGGUUGUGAAAUCAUUGAAUGAUAAAGUUGGUUCUGCUUAUUCAACAGUUAAAAUACUUUGUAUGGAUAAAUUUACCCACCUACCAGCAAUUACAUGGAUUCCCUCCAAGAAUGGAAUUCGUGAUGCUAUAAUUCAUUCGACGUAUGGACAUCCACCAGAUGAUGGGACUGAAUAUGUUAGUAAUAAAUAAUACCAGGAAAUAAUGUGAGAUUAUUAUUAUAUUCAAAAUGCCGUCCAUUCACCGACUUGCAGUGUUGUCGCCAUUUCACUUUUUUGUGUAUAAAUUAUUGUACACUGUUCUUUUCAUUAUUCAGUUAAAUUUUUCCUUCAUUUUCGCCCGAUUGAAACGCUACUUUUUUAUUCGUAUACUGACACAAUUCAUGUAUCCUAUAUAUAAGAAAAAAAGGAAAAGUUAAUAUUACUGAUUAUUUCUAAUUGCUUUGAAAUACAACAUUAGUUGAUAAUUUGUAAUUGCUCUCAGUUUUGCAUAAGCUAUGAUUCAUUGGUGUUGACGUACACUUUCCAGCUACUAUUGUGUGUUGCCUAUGACUUACUGUGCGUACUUAUAGGUGUCAUUUCCUAAUCCUCAUAUUAAUCGUCUUAAUUAUAGGACUUCUCCUUCGUUUGAAGUUUCUGCCACUACUCAAUACUAACCUCAUUUUCUAAAAUUAUUACACCACAGUCCCAUCGAUAUUCUUACCUAAUCUAUACAUACAAGUUUUUGUUUAUCUUCUUAGAACUAGUUACUCUAAAUAUAUUUCGUCUUUUCUCACUGAA